CUCUCCUCGGGCUCAUCAACCGCUCCUCCCCCGUACCAUCUCACCAUCCGCUUCUCAAAUUCCCUCCCCGAUCUCGACCUGGACGUUCCAUCUCCACAUACCACAACAGUUGCGUCGCUCAAGAACCUCAUACGCGAGCGCAUCUCCUCGCGCAACCGCCUCCGCUUCAUCUACCAGGGCCGCCUCCUCUCCGACUCUGCGUCCCUCAGCGCCAGCAUCAAGCCGCCAUCAGCUCCUCCGGCCUCGACCCCUUCAAAGAGCGAUGACUCUUGGAGCAGAUCCAAGGCAAAGGGCAAGGCUGUUGACGCUCCCGUAGCUCCCGUGAGGAUCUACAUCAACUGCUCCAUCGGCGAUGAGUUGACGCCCCAGGAGCUGGCCCAAGAGCAGGCCGCCGCGGCCAACCCCCCCGAUGAGUCGUCGAGCGCCGCCUCGUCUCACCCGAACGGCAAUCCCUCGGCAUGGACACGCCCACGGCCGCGCGGCUUCGACCGCCUCCUCCAGACUGGCUUCACCCACUCCGAGAUCGAGACGCUGCGCACGCAGUUCGCCUCCAUCCGCACAGAGGGCUUCGCACCGGACGCUAUGCCCUCGCCAGACACUCUGCGCAGCAUGGAGGAUGCCUGGAUCGAUAGCAACGCCGGCGAGAUUCCCUCGGCGGAUGCCUCUGCCGAGGACGACUUCAACGGCAUGUCGACCGUGCUGGACAUGAUGAUUCGCGGCAUGAUGGUGGGCUUCUUCUUCCCACUAGGCAGCCUGGCCUGGUUGCUUCGCUCCGAUGUCUGGAGCGAGAAGUGGCAGGUCUUUGUGGGCUCUGGCGUGGCGCUGAGUCUAUUGGUGGGGAUGGUGAUGAGCCUGACA